AUGGAGGAGCAGUUUGCACAGCGAGAACUGAUAAAGAUAUUUAUUAUUGCCCCUCGAGUGAAUUACAACCUGCAGCUUGCAACCUAUCAGGACUUUAGUCGAACUCUUUACAUAGGCUACAAGAGCAUCCAAAAUCCAAUCAUCAUGGCGGCUACGGCGCCAUAUCACGGGAAUGUCGUCCCCCAGAUGCAGGGAAACUCAAUGUUUUUGCCCCAAGAAAAAAACAUUAUUCCCAUUGUCAAGGAGAAAGCUAGGGUCUAG